CUAAAUUCCAUAACCAUGCUGCUUGCCUAUCUAUCAGGCUACCUGCUUAGGUACCAGGAUUUUGUUGUUGUUAUUUCCUUUAUACCAAUGUAGCCUUCUGUUACAGUAUUCGAAAACCUCCAUAGUUUGAAAACCUUCAGCCGUAUCUUAACGGCUUCCGAACUUUCCUUUUUCUGAGCUUAAUUAAUGUUUGAUAUAUUUUGUGCCUGCAGCCAGAACUGAAAGCGAAUGGGGAUUGAAUUGCUCUGCCUUUUUUUCCUAUUUCUACAAAGGAAUAAGAAUGUACAAGGAAAUUGUGAUUCAGGGAGUGCCAUGAACUGUGAAGAUUGUUUGCUUUCUGGACCAAGCUGCGGCUGGUGUUUCCAAGAGAAUUUUACUGAUUCAUCUGAAAUUCAUAAAAGGUGUGACACACUUGAAAAGCUUAUUUCAGAAGGAUGCCAUCUGAGUUUAAUUGAAUUUCCCAUUUCCAAAGUAGAGAUCCAUGAAAACCAACCCCUGAGUGACGGGCCACAAAUAAAUGGUUCAAAAGUUACUCAGAUUUCUCCUCAAAAGAUAACUAUUUUCCUGCGACCAGGAAAUGAAGAAACGAUACAGAUCAAUGUUCGUCAGACUGAAGAUUAUCCAGUUGAUCUUUACUACCUCAUGGACCUUUCAGCUUCUAUGGAUGAUGAUCUGAAAACCAUAAAGGAACUGGGGUCUACUUUGUCCAAAGAAAUGUCUAAGCUCACAAGUAACUUUCAGAUGGGCUUUGGGUCUUUUGUUGAAAAACCAGUUUUGCCAUUCAUCAAUACUCUGACAGAAGAUCUGAAGAAUCCUUGCCGAAAUGUUCCAUUUGAUUGUUUGCCAACAUUUGGAUACAAGCAUGUUCUGUCGUUGACAAACGAUGCAGAAAGAUUCAAUGAAAUUGUGAAAAAGCAGAAAAUCAGUGCAAAUUUAGAUACUCCAGAAGGAGGAUUUGAUGCAAUUAUGCAGGCAGCUGUUUGUAAGGAAAAAAUUGGCUGGAGAAAUGAUUCAUUACAUCUGUUAGUGUUUGUGAGUGAUGCUGAUUCUCAUUUUGGGAUGGAUAGUAAAUUAGCAGGAAUAGUUAUUCCAAAUGAUGGAAAAUGCCACUUGGAUCAACAGAAUGAAUACUCCAUGUCAACUGUUUUGGAAUACCCAACUUUAGGACAAUUGAUAGAGAAGAUUGUGCAAAACAAUAUUCUGUUAAUUUUUGCAGUCACCAAGAAACAAGUUCAUUUAUAUCAGCAAUAUGCGGAACUUAUUCCCGGAGCUACUGUUGGAACACUACAGCAUGAUUCUGGAAAUGUCCUCCAGUUGAUUAUAGAUGCAUAUAAGUCACUCAGGUCUGAGAUAGAGCUGGAGGUGCUUGGAGACACCGAUGGAUUAAAACUUGAUUUCACUGCCAUCUGCAGCCAGGGCUCUGCCUUUCAACAUCAGAAGAAAUGCUUUCAUAUUAAAGUUGGAGAACAGGUCACUUUCAAUGUGACUUUAAGUUUAAGCCCUUCAGCUUGUGGGGAAGGGAGAAGGAAAGUCCUCAUCAGGGCCACUGGUCUAAAUGAAGCGUUGGAGAUUGAGAUCCAGCCCGAAUGCAGCUGUCAUUGUCAGAAGGAAGCGGAGGUGAAUAACUCCAAGUGCAACUACGGGAAUGGUUCUUUUGAGUGUGGGGUAUGUGUGUGUAACCCCGGCUACAUGGGUCCAGACUGUAAAUGCAGCGAAAAGGAUGCACUGAGUACAGGGUCCUGCAGAAGUUUCCCAGAACAGAUCUCGUGCAGCGGAAGAGGCGACUGCUAUUGUGGACAAUGCAUUUGCCACCUUUCAGCAUAUGGAAACAUAUAUGGGCCAUACUGUGAAUGCGAUGAUUUCUCUUGUGGCAGAUUUAGAGGGCUGCUCUGCGGAGGCAAUGGGAACUGUGCCUGUGGUCAAUGCAUUUGCCACCAUGGCUGGAUAGGUGAAUACUGUAACUGUACCACGGAUACCGAAAAUUGUAUUUCUAAUGAUGGCAUCAUCUGCAGUGGGAGAGGCCACUGUGUGUGUGGAAAAUGUGUGUGCACAAAUCCUGGAGUUUCAGGCAAUGUCUGUGAAAAAUACCCUACAUAUGAUGAUCCUUGCAACUCUAAAUGGAGCUGUGUGGAAUGUUAUUUAGCGUCUGCUGAUCUACUGCAUCAGGAAGACUGCGCUGAAAAAUGUAAAUUGGUUGACGCAAUGAUCAGUCAUGAUGAAGAUAUUACGGAAGAUAAAUGGGUUCGUUGUGUGUUACAAGGGAAAAAUGAAUCUGUUAUCACAUUUCUGAUGACAGCUAAUGAACAGGGCAAAGUCAUCAUUCACAACAUAAAGCAAAAAGAUUAUCCACAACCUCCAAAUAUUACAAUGAUUAUGUUGGGGGUUUCUACUGCAGUAGUCGUCACUGGGAUUGUUUUACUUUCCAUGUGGAAAUUAUUUAUUUCAUUUGAAGACCGUAAAGAAGUUGCUAAAUUUGAAGCAGAGAGGUCGAAGGCCAAAUGGCAAACGGGAACAAACCCCCUCUACAGAGGCUCCACAACAACUUUUAAGAAUGUAACAUACAAGCAAAAAGAAAGGCAGCGUGGCAGUCCUGCCAAUGCAUACUAAUAAUUCAAAAUUACGAAGAAAAAGAUCCGGAAAACUUUUAUUUAAAAAAAGGAAGUUUGCUCUGUUUUCUUCUAAAUUUGUUUGGAUGGGUCUAGUAAAAUUACUGUGGUGGUAUGGAAGUUUUAAGGUGAGAGCAUAUGGGCUUUUAAAAGUUGGACUGUUUUGGAACCAGGCAGGGAGCUGAGCAGCAGUAGAGGAGAUUAAAUGACAAAGAACCAUCUGGGCAUAUAGGAAUGCACCAAUUACGCAUGACAUGAAAAUAAUAUCUGGUGCAAUUUUGCUGUAAUGAGAUUUGGGGAUUGGUCUGAAUGACCUUUCAAGAAACCCAUUUCAAGUAUUCCUUCUGAUCGCUAAGUAAUUCAAGAUGUUAGAACAAACCAUCUCUUCUCAAUCUCUGCUAAAGAGUACAGUUCAGCGAGUUUUGUCAGUCCCAGUCAGCAUUUUACUGCAAGUUUAAGAUAUACCAUUUUAGAGUAUUUGCACCUUAAAUAUUACCAGAUUAAGAAACAGAUUUCAGUUUUAAAAGAAAGAAAACCUUGGGAGAGAAAAGUGUUCGUGAUUUAUUAAUAAAGUACCAGCACUUACGUCUGUAUUCUUAACCAUGGUGCAAUCUUAGGUAUUCUGUUUAGAAGUCCCGUGAAGUUAAAUGAGACUGCUUCCUAUGAAAUGUUUAGCCCUCUAAACUAGAGGUUGAUGGAUUGAGGAGAGCCAUGUUGACUACAGAUAAAUGAAGGUGGUGGUGAGGGAUAUGUUGCUGGCUAAGAACACAAUACGUAUGGCCAUUUCUUUGGUACCUUUCAGAAUCUUCACCCAUUUGAUUUUUGUAUUGUAUCCAAUGGCAUCUCUUUGGUGAACAGCCGUUUUGCCCUCUAGGGCAGGGGUCAUCAAUUUGCGGCUCUGAAGCCGUAUGUGGCUCUUUCAUCCCUCUGUUGUGGCUCCCUGUCACUGGUCGAUGCCACAAUUUUGAGAGGAUCUUCUGGUUGGGGGGUGGGGGGGAAGCACGGUGCACAAGGAUGAGAAGCAAGGGGCAGGUUUUCCGGUUGGCUCAACAAUUGAUAGGACAGGUAGAGGAAAAAGAACACCACGCUAUAAGGAGACUCUAUUGUUGGGAAACCGGACUUCCGAUCAGCUCCAGAAUUGAAUGGGGAGCUUCCGGUUAGGACCUUUGUGGCUCCUGGUGUUUUCUUUUCUGUGGGAAAUGGGUCCAAAUGGAUCUUUGAGUGUUUAAAGUUGCCGACCCCUGCUCUAGGGUAACCAGUAUACAUACCAUGUGCUUUCCAAAUUACAAUAUAUCUAAUGAUCCCAAACAUUGAGGACCUAAGAUUAAAGGAGUUGCUUUUUUCCAAAUAUGUAAAUAAGAUUUAAUACAGUGGGUCUCAAAGAUUUGCUAUGCUGCAAAUAUGGUUUUUGAUAAUUGAAAUUUUAAAUGAUUGUUCUUUAAAAAAACCCCAGAGUAUUUGUGUUUUAUCCUGAAGAAUAUGUUUGAUAAUGGUGAUGGGAGUUUUUUACUAUGAAUGUACUGUCCAUUUAAGACACUGGAAACGUCUAUUGUUUUUACUGAAAUGGUUUUGACCUAAGGCUGGACCUAAAAUAAAGCAAAAUCAUUAUCAGUACUGCAAUAUUAUUAUUA